UCACUGAAUCAUAUUACAGCUGAAGAUUACAACUUUAUGGGAACCUGAGAGUACACUGGACUGCUUUAUGUGAUGGAUCAGCUCAAUUCCACCCGUCUCCCCACCAACCAAUCAGACUUCAGCAGCACCUUCACCCAGCAGGUGAUCCCGCCCCUUUACCUGGUGAUCUUCGUGGUGGGCGUGUCCCUGAAUGGCGUGGCGGCCUGGAUCUUCUUCCGAGUGCCCAGCGAUUCAGGCCUGGUGGUCUACCUGAAGAACAUGGUGGUGGCCGACCUCCUCAUGCUGGUCACAUUCCCCUUCAAGCUGGCGGCCCAGCUGGGCUUUGGGGGCUGGCGCCUCCACGUGGUCAUGUGCCGCUACACAGCUGUACUCUUCUACUCGUCCAUGUACGUGGGGAUCCUGUUCAUGGGGCUGAUCAGCCUUGAGCGAUACGUCAAGAUUGUCCGACACACGUCCUCCUCCACCUCCGCCUCGUCCUCCUCCUGCAGGUCCAGGAUGGGCGGGGUGUCCUCGCUACACCUCCUGCAGAGCGUGGGCUUCGCCCGGGCGCUGGCCCUCCUCACCUGGAGCCUCCUGCUCCUCUCCGUCCUGCCCAACGUGGUGCUGACAAGCCUGCCGGCCACCGAGGAGAACUCGCGGCACUGCAUGGAGCUGAAGACGGCGCUGGGCAAGCAGUGGCACCGGGUGUCCAACUUCUUCAGCGUGGGCCUGUUCUGGCUGACCCUGCUGGUCCUCGCCUACUGCUACACCUCCAUCGCCUGCCGGGUCUACCAGUCCUACCGCCGCGUCCGCCGCGACAACAGCGACGUUUGCCGGAAGUCCAACCGCAGCAUCUUCAGCAUCCUGGCCGUGUUCUUCGUCUGCUUUGUGCCGUACCACGUCUGCCGCGUGCCCUACACUCUGAGCCAGAUGCCGGGGUCUGGCUUCAGCCGGGACACCAGAUUCCUGCUGUUCCAGCUGAAGGAGGGCACGCUAUUCCUGUCGGCGCUCAACGUCUGCCUCGACCCCAUCAUCUACUUCCUGAUGUGUGGCACCUUCAGAGAGUCGCUGCUCAGGAAACUGUCACGACGAGAGAGGAGGAGGUCCCUGACCACCGCCCAGAGCCUGAGCCACAUCUAGGAGAGGACACAAGGAGAGGAGACAAGGAGAGAAAACAUGGAGAAGAGACAAGAGAGAGGAGUAGGUCCCUGACCACGGCCCAGGGUCUGAGCCACAUCUAGGAGACAAGGAGAGGAGACAAGGAGAGGAGGAGGUCCUGGACCACGGCCCAGAGCCUGAACCACAUCUGGGAGAGGAGACAAGGAGAUGGGACAAGGAGAGGAGACAAGAGAGAGGAAACAAGGAGAGGAGACAAAAGAGAGGAAACAUGGAGAGGAGACCAGGGAGCAUAGCCAGACAGCCAUCCGGUCCUGUAGCAGCACCAUUGAUAG